ACUGGGACCAGAACGAGGAGCAGAGCGUGGCCAGGCCGUCACCCGUCUGCAUCCGGAGGUGGUGACGCGCCUGCCUCACGUCACUGCCCCAGCAGCCAGGACUCGCUCCCGCCCGCGUGCUGCUGCCGGUUCCCCAAAACACAGUGCGGCUGCCGGGGUGCUUCUCCCCGCAGCCACCGGAGCCUGCCGGGAUCCCACGGGACCCGGCUGGGAGGAGACGGGCACUGCUUUGCCCUGCCCUGCGGAUGCGGUGGGAGGUACGAGGCCUCCAUUCCCAGCAGAGCGGCUGCCCAGACCUCUCGGCCCCCAGCGCGGCCAUAUCACCCCCGGGCCCAGGCACCCAGCCCUGAGCCAUGACGCUGCUCACCCAUCUACUCGCCUGCACCUUUGGCACGGGCUCCUGGGUGGCCAUCAAUGGGCUGUGGGUCGAGCUGCCGCUGCUGGUGACGGUGCUGCCGGAGCAGUGGGACCUGCCCUCCUACAUCACCAUCAUCAUCCAGAUGGCCAACGUGGGGCCGCUCUUCGUCACCCUCAUGCACCGUUUUCGGCCCGGCUUGCUGAAGGAGGUGGCUGUUAUCUAUGUGGUCGUGUCCGUGGGUGUCGUGGCCUGCUUGCUGCUGGCCUUCCUCUGGAACUACACGUCCCCCAUCGCCGGAAGGCCCCACAGCACCGCCUUCCUGAUCCUCACCUUCUUCCUGGCCCUGGUGGACUGCACCUCCUCCGUCACCUUCCUGCCCUUCAUGAUGCAGCUGCAGCCCCAGUACCUGACCACCUUCUUCAUAGGCGAAGGGCUCAGCGGGCUGAUCCCCGCUCUCAUCGCCCUGGGCCAGGGCUCUGGCAUCUCCAGCUGCACCAACGUCACCCACGUGGUCAACUUCACCACCGGCAACGAGACCGUGGAGAGCACCGUCUUCCAGCUGGAAACCCACUACCUCCCAGCCAACUUCUCCACCCACCUCUUCUUCCUUCUCAUGACUGUAAUGAUGCUGGCCUGCUUGCUGGCCUUCUUCUUCCUCGCCAGGCAGCCCAAGGUGUGGGAGCUCUCCCAGCAGCAGCUGUUUCCCAGCAGCAUCAUGCUGAGCUCAUUUGACCAGAUCCCCAACGAGGGAGCUGGCUCGCGGCUGAGCGGAGGCUGCCCAUGCCCGAAGGAUGCCAAGGGGCCCAGGAACAUCCUGCCGCAGAAGGUCUCCUACCCCUUGGCCAAACUCACCUUCAUCUACCUCCUCAUCGCUUGGGUGAGCGCUCUGACGAAUGGGGUCCUGCCAUCCGUGCAGUCCUACUCCUGCCUGCCCUACGGCAACACCGCCUACCACCUCGCGGCCACGCUCAGCUCCAUGGCCAACCCCCUCGCCUGCAUCGUGGCCAUGGUCCUGCCUGGCAGGUCCCUGGCCCUGCUGGGCACCCUCACCAUGGCGGGGACAGGCUUUGGCGCCUACAACAUGGCCAUCGCGGUGAUGAGUCCCUGCCCUCUCCUCCAGCAGUCCCAGUGGGGCGAUGCCACCAUCGUCCUCUCCUGGGUGCUCUUCACCGGGACGCUCUCCUACGUGAAGGUGAUGGCCGGGGUGAUCCUGCGGAGCCGCAGCCGCAGCGCGCUGGUGUGGUACGGGGCAGUAGAGCAGCUGGGCUCCCUCCUCGGGGCCCUGCUCAUGUUCCCCCUCGUGAAUGUCUACGGCUUCUUCAAAUCCGCCGACUACUGCAGCCUGCAGUGCCCGGCAUGAGUGGGGCAGGCACCCCUGGACAGCCCCUCUUGCCAGCAUGCGCCCCGAAAAACAGCGAGGGCCGCGGAGCCAGGAAGCAUUGCUGGGACCGGGGCGGCUGCGGGCAUGCGUCCCCGCUGGGCUCCGCCAGGUCACCGGGCAGGAGCAGCUCCGUGGCUUUGUCUCCAGUCCAGGCGCGGGAUGUCUCCGUUGCGUUCAAAGCAAUAGAAGGUGUUUGCUCA